AAGAUGUUGAGGCGUAGCCUGGAGAACCGGGACGCUCAAACCAGACAACUGCAAGAUGCUGUCACAAAUGUGGAGAAGCAUUUUGGAGAGCUAUGCCAAAUCUUUGCUGCUUAUGUGCGGAAAACUGCCAGACUGCGAGACAAAGCAGACCUCCUGGUGAACGAAAUCAAUGUGUACGCCGCAACAGAGACCCCAAAUUUAAAGCAGGGCCUGAAAAACUUUGCUGAUGAGUUUGCCAAACUUCAAGAUUAUCGACAAGCUGAGGUUGAAAGACUUGAAGCCAAAGUAGUUGAACCUUUGAAAGCUUAUGGAACCAUUGUCAAAAUGAAGCGGGAUGACCUCAAAGCAACAUUAACAGCAAGGAAUCGAGAAGCUAAGCAGUUAACCCAGUUAGAAAGGACACGCCAGCGAAACCCAUCGGAUCGGCAUGUUAUUUCGCAGGCAGAAACUGAAUUGCAGAGAGCCACAAUGGAUGCUACCCGAACCACACGUCAUCUGGAAGAAACGAUUGACAACUUUGAAAAACAGAAAAUAAAGGAUAUAAAGAAUAUAUUUUCAGAAUUUAUCACUAUUGAAAUGUUAUUCCAUGGCAAAGCUUUAGAGGUCUACACUGCUGCCUACCAAAAUAUACAAAAGAUUGAUGAGGAAGAAGAUUUGCAGGUUUUCCGAAACUCUCUGUAUCCACCAGAUUAUUCAUCUCGUUUAGAUAUUGUAAGAGCAAAUUCAAAGUCGCCUCUUCCGAGAUCGCUGUCAGCUAAAUGUGUGUCUGGAACAGGACAGGUAUCUACCUGUCGAAUAAAAAAGGAUCAACAAACAGAUGAUGAAGAUGAUGAAGAGCUAGACAGUACAGAAGAAAAUUAAUUUUCAUAAAUAAACUUUGAGCUUCUACUUUCAUCUUAAGUGAUUUAAAAUCUUAAUUUACUAAUUGUAAAACUUUAUACUAGCCUGAUAUAUUAAACCUC